AAUAUAACAGGUAUAGGUGUUUGUUGUCGUAAUAAAACUUCCGAGGAAUAUUACCCCAUUUACAGAACCGACCGGGGGGACUUCAUAAUGAAGGAUAUACAUCGUACGUUGCUGUUUGUUUUAUUUAUGGUUAGAAUGGAUAUCUGCGCUAAAAAAGUAGCAUCGGUGACAGAAUAUCAAACUACGACAUCAGCAGGAGGUAUCUCCUAUCAUGUGGAUUCAUCAGGAGGCCAAUCUACCGCAUCUAUACAAACAGAGGGCAAAACUACUGCAUUAAAACAAACAGAAGACGCAAGUGUUGCAUCAGAACAAACAAGGGUCGCAACAACUGUAUCGGCAAACACAGGAUGCCAAACGUAUUCAUCGGCACAGACAGGAGGCCCAAACCAUUCAUCGGAUAAAACCACAUAG